AUGGCUAGUCUCAGCUCUGAGUUUGUUAUGAAAGACUUGGGUUCUCUUAAUUACAUUUUGAGCAUCAAUGUGACUCGCCAUGAGGGUGGUUUGUUUUUGUCACAACAAAAGUAUGAUGCAGAAAUAAUUGACCGUGCUGGUAUGUCCGCAUGUAAACCAACUCAAACUCUGGUUAACACUAAACCGAAAGUCAGUUCUAAAACAGUGGCAGAUCUAGUCUUCUAUAUUGAUGUUGAUUGGGGAGGAUGUCCCGAUACUAGACGAUUGACAUCAGGAUAUUUUGUGUUUUUGGGUGACAAUUUGAUUUUGUGGUCGUCCAAAUGUCAACCUACUCUAUCUCGUUCUAGUGCUGAGGGCGAAUACAGAGGGGUGGCUAAUGUUGUUUCUGAGUCUUGUUGGAUUCGCAAUCUCCUCUUGGAAUUGCAUUGUCCAGUUCGAAAGGCUACAUUGAUAUAUUGUGACAAUGUGAGUGCCAUUUAUCUAUCUGGGAACCCCGUUCAACACCAACGCACAAAGCACAUUCUUUAUAAUACAUUAUUUUAA